CAAGACGCGGCGAAGAGAGGCCGCUUUAAGAACGUUACAGUUUGUCAAAAAUACAAUUAAGUGUAAAAAUAAACAAUGAAAAUUAUAACGGGUGUUAUUAUAAUAGUUGUACUCGCCAGUGCGUGCUGCUCUAGUUCUAACAAUGCACCACUAAUAAGAAAUAUGUACCGUGGUGGAGACCACUUCGAGGGCCCGCACUGGUCGCAAGCCGAGAACGCGCUGUACUGGGUGGAUAUCUCGGGGCAGACCGUGUACCGCCUCGACGGUCAGACCGGGAACACCACCAGCCGAUACAUUUCUUACGGGCCAGUGACAUUCGUAGUGACAGUGCGCGACAACCCCGGGGUGGUGGUGUUGAGCGCGCGCUCCGACGUGUACCUGUUGCCCUGGCAGACCACGGGCGACGGCGCGCUGCGUCUGCUCACCACUGUGGACCUCGGCCACCCGGACAACCGGUGCAACGAUGCCAAGUGCGACGCGAAAGGGCGGCUGUGGCUCGGAACAAUGGGCAAAGAGACGAACGACGUGGAGAAGGACCAGGGAACGCUAUACAUGAUAGACCACUCGAACUACCUCCACCCGGAGGUAAAGGUGCGGCCCGUGACCGUGUCCAACGGCCUGGCGUGGACCGCCGAUAACAAGUUCAUGUUCUACAUUGACUCGCCCACUAAGAACGUAGACGUUUUCGACUACAACCUUCAAAACGGCUCUAUACGCAACAGAAGAACGCUAUUCAGCUUCCAAGCAAACAAUGUAACGGGCGUCCCAGACGGCAUGGCGAUAGACAAAGACGACAACUUGUGGGUAGCAUGCUACGGUGGAGGAAAGGUAAUCAAAAUAGAUUCUCGAGCCGGCAAACUACUAGAACACCACAAGCUGCCCGCUUCAGAAGUGACCUCAGUAACAUGGGGUGGGCAUGACCUGUCCAUCCUGUAUGUCACUACUCGCAAGAGUCAGAGUCCCAGCGAAGCGGCCCAGGAGCCUGAAGGUGGCUCACUGUUUGCUAUAGAAGGCACCGGGACUAAAGGCGCGCCGGGCUACGAGUUUGUGUUUCCCGAAGCAGCUACAUACUAAAUGGGAUUAGUAAUUGUGUUCAACAAGUCAUGAAUAAAACUUGAUUCAAAUU